UGCCGCAUCUACUGCGAGGUGAGGAUGUAUCCGAGUUUUGUGGGUUUGGGGAAUCUGAAGCCAUCGGCUCUGGGAAAGCCAGGGGCGCGAAUCUGGCGCUCGGAGCCUCUAUGCUGGUUGUUUCCCCGCGCGACGAACGCCAUAUGGAUCUGGUGGCGCUGGGAUUCGAGCCCUGUACUGGACUCAGAGGCCUACCCCCUCCCCUUAGCCUUGCCGGGAUGGCGCCGCCUUAAUAGGGCUCCUUGGGUUGCUCUGAGCGGGGAUUCGCCCCUGUGCUUGUAAUAUCCGUUUGGGAGCUGCUCUUUCCUGGCCAGGCCGCAGCAUUGGGCUGCUCUCCUGGUUGGUCCUCCUGUGUCCUCUCCGGGGGUUCAGCUUGCCAGUCUCAGAAUGAAGACCAUUCUCAGCAAUCAAACUGUCGACAUUCCGGAAAAUGUCGACAUCACUCUCAAGGGACGUACCGUUAUUGUGAAGGGACCCAGAGGAACCCUGCGAAGGGACUUCAAUCACAUCAAUGUAGAACUCAGUCUUCUUGGAAAGAAAAAGAAGAGGCUCCGUGUUGACAAAUGGUGGGGAAAUAGAAAAGAACUGGCUACUGUCCGUACUAUCUGUAGUCAUGUACAGAACAUGAUCAAGGGUGUUACAUUGGGCUUCCGUUACAAGAUGAGGUCUGUGUAUGCCCACUUCCCCAUCAACGUUGUUAUUCAGGAGAAUGGCUCUCUGGUUGAAAUCCGAAAUUUCUUGGGUGAGAAAUACAUACGCAGGGUUCGGAUGAGGCCAGGUGUUGCUUGUUCCGUAUCUCAAGCCCAGAAAGAUGAGUUAAUUCUUGAAGGAAAUGACAUUGAACUUGUAUCAAACUCAGCUGCUUUGAUUCAGCAAGCCACAACAGUUAAAAACAAGGAUAUCAGGAAAUUUUUGGAUGGUAUCUAUGUUUCUGAAAAAGGAACUGUUCAGCAGGCUGAUGAAUAAAAUCUACGUUGUCCAGCUACAGAGACAGCAAGAGGCCGGAUGAUUUUUCAGACUUACUUGUGAUACUUUAAGGAUGCAAUAAAACUAUACUGAUUUGGG